AUGAAGGACCGUCUCAUCCUCCUGUUCUGCGCCAACGCCAGUGGGGACCUUAAGAUCAAGCCCCUGCUCGUCUACCAUUCAGAGAAGCCAUGGGCCUUCAAGAAACACAAGGUGAACAAGGAGCAGUUGAGCGUUUUGUGGCAGUCCAAUCCAAAGGCUUGGGUCACACGCCUCUUGUUUGUGCAGUGGGUCAAUGUGGUUUUUGGUCAUGCUGUCAAGCAAUACCUUGUGGACAAUAACCUGCCGCUCACAGCCAUGCUUCUCACAGACUGUGCUCUUGCCCAUCCUCCAGGCCUCGAGGAAGACUUGCUGGAGGACUUAAACUUCAUCAAGGUCAUGUUCCUUCCGCCUAACACCACCCCACUUCUCCAGCCCAUGGACCAGCAGGUCAUCCCCAAUUUUAAAAAAAAACUCUACACAAGGGAGCUUUUCCGGCGAUGGUUUGAGAGGACAGAUCGAUCAAGCCUCACCCUCCAUGAAUUUUGGAGAGAGCAUUUUGACAUUGUGAGCUGUCUGCAGAUUAUCACCAUUGCCUGUGCCAGACUGUGUUGUGAAACCUGCCUCCGAUGCUUCUGCACCUGCACCAGAGUCAACAGUGUUGGAGGAGAUUGUUUCCUUGGGGAGGACCAUGGACCUGGAGGUGACUGA